UAUGUCUUCGCUAUUUUAUCCUCAAAUCUCUCACUCUCGGCUUGAACCGACAAAAGAAGAACAUCGACAACUCUGAGCUAGUGUAGAGUUCUCUGUAGCUGAUGUGUAAAGGGCAUGUGUUGGGCCGUCAAGCCUGAUAAGUAUAUGGUGGCUAUGAGAUUGUAACUGGAAUUGCUGGUGAAGAAUGCCUGGCAUACCUCUCGUGGCUCGUGAGACUUCCUGUUCCAGAGGUGCAGAUCAGAUGUGCCGUGUAGAAUCUCGUGUUCAUCUGUCUGAAGAAGAGGAAAUUGCUGCAGAAGAGAGCCUUUCACUUUACUGCAAGCCUGUAGAACUCUAUAACAUUCUUCAACGCCGAGCUAUUGGAAAUCCAUUGUUUCUUCAAAGAUGUUUAAGCUACAAAAUAGAGACAAAACACAAGAGAAGGAUCCAGAUGACAAUUUCAAUUUCCAGGACUUUGAGUGGGGGUGGCCAGGCACAUAACCUGUUUCCUAUGUAUGUCAUCUUGGGAAGAUUAGUAUCUGACGUUGCAGUUGCUGAGUUCUCUGGUGUAUAUCGAUUUAGUCGAGCUUGUCUCUUAACUGGCAUCAGCAGAGUGGAAUGCAAUUCUCAGGUUAUAGCUAAUUUUAUCCUCCCUGAAAUUAACAAGCUAGCUGUGGAGGCAAAAUCUGGGUCACUUGCUAUAUUAUUUGUUAGCUGUGUUGGAUCUGCAAAUACUUUAUCUGGAGUCGAUUCAGUGGAUGGGCCUCUAUAUAUGGCAUCUGUUCCUGGUCACUGCUUAUGGGGCAAGAUACCAUUGGAAUCACUUUACAUUUCGUGGCAGAAUUCUUCAAAUUUUGGUCUUGGACAGAGGGCUGAGAUAAUGUCAACUGUUGAUAUGCGUUCUUGUGUCCUGAAGACUAGUUGCUCGGAUGGAGAGAAGUGUGUAGCAUUUCAAAUUCCAUAUAAUUCUGAUUCUAUGCAUAUAGGACGGCAAGUACAGGUCACAAUUUCUGCAGAAGAGUUUGGUGCCAGGGAUAAAUCUCCGUAUGAUUCAUACACGUAUAGUGAAAUACCUUCCUCAUCACUGUCUCUUAUGAUUCGGUUGAGGGCAGGAAACGUUAUUUUCAAUUAUAGGUACUACAACAAUAGAUUGCAAAAAACUGAAGUAACUGAAGACUUCUCCUGCCCAUUUUGCUUGGUUAAAUGUGCAAGUUUUAAGGGCUUGAGAUGUCACUUGUUAUCAUUACACGAUCUCUUCAACUUUGAAUUUUGGGUAACUGAAGAAUAUCAAGCUGUAAAUGUUUCCACUAAGACUGAUGUUUGGCGUUCUGAGAUCAUCGCAGAUGGUAUUGAUCCAAAGCAGCAGACAUUCUUCUUCUGCUCAAGGCCCCUCAGACGCAGAAAAGUUAAGAAUGUGGUUCGAAGUGCAAAACAUGUACAUCCCUUUGUUGUAGAGUCUGAAUACUCAGACAAGGCAGAUGAUGCUCAAUCUAGCAAAGGUGAAAAGGCUCAAAUAUCAGGUUUAUUAAGUACCACUCUCCAUUCAUCCAAUGAUCCUGAUUGCGUACAAUCAAUAUCAGGGCACAAUAUUGCGUCAACUGUGCUUCAAUUUGCCAAGACAAGAAAAUUAUCGAUUGAACGGGCAGACCCAAGACACUGUACCCUCUUAAGGAAGAGACAGUUCUUUCAUUCUCACAGAGCUCAGCCAAUGGCAUUGGAACAAGUGUUAUCAGACCGAGAUAGUGAAGAUGAAGUUGAUGACGAUGUUGCAGACCUUGAGGAUAGGAGGAUGCUUGAUGAUUUCGUCGAUGUAACCAAGGAUGAGAAGCAAAUGAUGCAUAUGUGGAACUCAUUUGUCAGAAAGCAACGGGUUCUGGCAGAUGGCCAUAUUCCCUGGGCUUGUGAGGCUUUUUCACAAUUACAUGGACCAAACCUCGUCAGAACUCCACCUUUACUAUGGUGUUGGAGAUUGUUUAUGAUUAAGUUGUGGAACCAUGGUCUUCUUGAUGCGCACACCAUGAACACGUGUAACAUUAUUCUUGAAAGAAUACGCGCCGAAGCUUCAGAUCCUAAAAGCUGAGAGAACCAAAUUUAUUCAUUCUCAUUCUGAAAGUGAAGAUUAUUGUGAAAGAGGUAAAAGCUCUCUCUAAUUUGUUCACUGCAUUUAUCCUAUGUGUCGUAUUUCUACGCUACAGUGACCGUUUUGCCCCUUUACUUAUUAUUAUUAUUUCUUUUUGAUAAAAUGUUGAGAUGCUGUAUAAUUUUUAUUUGGGAACUCCCAAAGAAAGGAAUUUGAAUACAAAAAAUUUGAUUUCAUGACCCAA